AUGCUAUCGGUCGGUCAGCCGGUCACAAAACAAAGUACAGUAACGGUCACGUGGGACGGAUGGUAUGAUACGGUGGGUGGAUCAGGAAUUAGUGCAUACACGUUGGAGAUUUACGAGAUGGAAAGUAAAAAGAAUUCUAUAUCUGAGAAAGCGGCGCCAUUUGAUCGACAACAAUUUGAUCCACUGAACAAAACUUAUACAUUGAAAUUGAGUAAUUCGUCGCUCAUCUCUGUUGUUCUUUACGUACACGACGUGGCAGGUAACUACAGAAUUGCUAGACGGUUUGUACUCUACGACGAGUCAUCAAUGGUGAAGACUGAUUCCAACUAUCCGUUGUCUUUUCCACAUGCCGUCAAUACAGGUCACACGCUGUGGAAGACUGUAAACAAAGAUCAACUGUUUUGUAACUGGACUGGACACUUCUACAACUCACUUAUACGGAAAGAUCCUUUGCUCGAUCGAAUUUCUCCUUUCGGAGCAAAUAUUGACAAAAUGUACGAUCAACCAACAACAGGAACUUUAGAUUUAAGCGGCACGAUUAACUAUGCCGGUAUAGUCAAUUACAAGUAUGCCAUUUCAUACGGGCUCAAUCCGCAAAUACCCGGAGACUCCACAUUUCGUGAUGUGCCGACACGAGCCACCGCUCUAGACUUAUGGCAAUCCUACACCAUCUCCACCACCACGGAUGAUGGAAAUCACAUUACCGUGUGGGUAAAAGCGGUCGACAUUUGGGGAAACAGCAAUAUGGAUAACAUCGUGAUUAACGUUGAUUUCUCAAUACCCUAUAUAUCUAACGUCUGGUUGACACGCGAUGGUGAAACGGGAUUAACGUUCCUCAAUUCUACAGAGCUGCACACGAUGAAAGUGGCUUUCGGUGUAGAAGAUCCUCAUAGCGGAAUCGUAGAAGCUUUCUGGAAACUGGGAGAGACACAAGGGGGCAGCCAAAUGGGACAAGACCCCAUACUUACCAGAGCUAAAUCGCAGUCUGAAUGUGAUCAGUCCAACUGUACUUGCACUCCACUACUCGUCUGCAGUUAUUUCUCAUACAAUCUAGAAUUAAAUCCGGGACAAUUCUCUGGUGGACUUGGCCAACACGCUCGUACCUACUAUCUCACCAUCAACGCCACAAACGACGCUCGGUUGUCUUCAUCACACCAAAUUGCUAUUACUGUAGACGGCAGUCCUCCACUAGCAGGACAUGUGAUCGAUGGAAUAUCAGGACAGUUGGAUAUCGACAGUCAGCAGAGUAACAUCAUUCGUGCACAUUGGCAAGGGUUCAGUGAUCCAGACAGUGGAAUCCAUCAUUACAAAUACGCUAUUGAAACCACUUGCUUGUCAAAAGAACAGAUCACUUCAGGCAAGAUGAAAAUCUACAGAACAAGCAAUCAGUAUAUUGAUCCGAUUACUGUUAACACCAGUGGCACGUAUUACGUGUCCGUCGUAGCCUACAACAAUGCAUUAGAACCGUCAGACGUUAUAUGCUCGGAUGGAGUGAUGGUGGACGACACACCACCAACGAUACAACAGAUUUCAGUCGAUCAUCUUCGUAGCGCUCCUGGUCUCAUCAAACAGAAGACGAGCAAAACAAUUUGGUUGCUGGACGAAUACCGUCGACGUCAGCUGCUGCAAGGUGUCGAAAGCGUUUGUGCCCAGAAUGCACUUCUGGUGAGCGACGUCGACAUCUAUCCACUCGUUUCUGUUAACGUGUCCUCGGUAUCACCACAGCAAGCACAAUGCCCCUACGGUCCAUCAUCACCCUACCUAUAUACACAUGUUAACCGUGUCUUGUCCGUCUCUUGGAUAGGAUCGGACAAGGAGAGCGGCAUCCACGAUUACGAAGUAGGAAUAGGCAGGACGCAAUCUGAAGAUCCUCCGUCUGUCUUGCCUUUCCAUUCCACAACAGGAAUCUCACAUUACAGUCAGAAAAUAGCAAGUCUGACGGAAGGUAUGGAAUACUUUCUUAUUAUCCGAGCCACAGACAAAGCCGGACUAAAGAUCAGGAAAGCAGUCGGCCCAAUCAUAGUCGACAUCACAGCUCCUCGUCUGACGGAAAAUGUAAACGUUUAUCACGACGUUAAAAGUGAAGCAGUUUCGGUCAGUUGGAAAGCAAAUACAUUUACAGACGCAGAAGACGCUUCAUUACAAUACAAAGUCGCAGCAGGCACAAAGCCGUACAAAAACGAUCUGGUUCCUCUGACCUCUACCAACCGCUUCAACUCUUGCCAAAUUGAUGAUAUAUGUGUCGCCGUGCCAUCUUCCAUGUUGCAAGUGAAAACACGCGGUGACGUAUCUAUAUAUUUCACAGUACAAGCCACAAACAUUGCAGGACUAUCCACCACCGCUACAUCGGAUGCUUACAAUCACAUCGCUUCUCCACCAACAGUAGGAAGUGUGUUUGACCAGAACCCUAAUGAUGACCAACAAACCGGAACCGUUCCCACCGACCAGCUGUCGGCCAAUGAAGCAGACAUUGACUACCAAACGAGUCUGUCGCGGUUGCGAUGUCGUUGGAGAGGAUUUACUCAUCCGUACAGUUUAGUCACACUGCAAAUCGGAGUUGGAACAUCACCAAACAGCGAUGACACAGUGCGCUUCCACAACAUUAAUUCUAAUCUCCACAGUCAAACAUACGAGAUAUCUGGUGUUCAACUGCAGCCGCUGACGGCGUAUUUCUGUACUAUCAAAGCAACUAACAGUUUUGGUUCGGUGACCGCGUCGUCUGAUGGCGUCACUCCAGUUAGCGGUACCGUCAAUGGCGCGGUACACGACGGUCCCGGAUGUUCGAAACCAUCUUCAUUUUACGAUCUGUCUCAUUUUGAUGCGUGGUCUCCGUCACCUAAAUCGUGUGCUUCGAAGACACGCAAUUAUUUGUCGCUUAGUUCUGCGUGUCGUUUAUCGAGAAGGGUUGAGGUUCUAGCAGGGCAAUGGUAUUCUCUUACCAUAUCAGCAACUAUGUCACAAACCUCAACACAAACUUCGACACAAAUGAGGGUAACGGCUGCAAACUCCAGUGAACUGUUGACGUUUUACAACCCCAAAGUAAAGAAUGGUGUCGACUCCAGCAAUAAAAUGUCUUUUUCUUUUAGAGCAGUUGCUCGUCGUACACUGAUUUCUCUUCAGACAUCAGACACUGAUGUUGUUAUCACAUUCGCCACCAUGGCCGAGUGUAAAGAAGACGUCGACUUUCAGGCGAGCAGCAAUGUGUUUGCUUCUCACUGGUCUGUAGAGAAACGUUUUCUGCCGUUCAUUACUCACUACAUGUGGGCGUUGUUCGGUAAUAGAAGUGGCGUGUUGGAUACCAUCAUGCCUUACACGAACGUCGGCAACGUUUCCUCUUUCUCUGCUACACGGCUGAAUCUGCUAGACAACGAACAUUACGUUGUCGGUGUGCAAGCCUGCAAUCCUUCACUUUGUUUUCAUCCCAUUUUCUCUGACGGAUUCGACGUUAUGCCCACAGCUCCGCUGUCGUCUCCACUGACUGCCACAAUCGCUUCUCAUAAAAUUAGCAAACGUGCAGUCAAUGGAGACUCACCUUUUACGAUAGCCAAUGAGACGGCAGUCGACGUUACGAUUAGCUGGAAUCCGUUUGAGACAUUCUUGUCGACUGGUAAGAGAAUCGUAACAGACGUUUACGCAUGGACAUUAAGAUUGCCCGGAAGCUCGGCACCGCUCAUACCUUGGAGAUCACUGACGAGUACAUCAAAAGUGGAGAUUAGAGAAACACUCUACCUGAAAACUAGCAGAAGACGAACACUCUUGGUGGUUGUAAGAGGUUACAAUCAAGUUGGACGUCAUAGUGAUGCUACAGCUCAACUAGUGAUGCCCUCUGCUCAUCCACAGCACCAACUACUUCCCACGGUAUACGACGUCCCUCCUUCCAAGUUAGACGAUAAACUAGAUCCAAUCACUGGAAGAGUACUAGAGCUCAAAGUCAGCGACGCAGACGAAAUCGACUUUACAGAUUCCCAUCACACGCUGGCAGCCGCUUGGCCUUGGCUCAAACAUGCACGAUCAGAGUGGACAAUUAGCAAAGACUCUCCUGUGUGGCAUCCUUGCAACAGCAGCAGCAUCGUUAACGUGGCAUGUGGUGUGACUACAAAUCCGUAUCUCGUUGUCGACCACGUGUCACUCGAGCACGGUAUCACAUACUAUUCCUGCAUCAAGAUACUAGAGAUGAAUGCCGCACACGGAAUCGAAUCUCAACUCGUCGGAUCUGUUGUGUGUAGCGACGGCGUCACCGCGGACAGAACACCGCCAGUGCGCGGAGACGUGUUUAUCGGUCUGGGAACUCACGGCAGUGCCUAUCAGACGUUUACCGACGCGUUGAUGGUACGAUGGAGAGGAUUUGCCGACGUGGAAGAAAUGGCCGAUCUGCACUCGGGAAUCAAAGAAUAUCUUGUUGCUUUAGGUACCUCUCCGCGACAGGUUGACGUAGCAGCUUAUGUUUCUGUUGGAUCGAACACGCAUUGGCUCUUCACCGGUCUCACUCUAACAAAUGGAAUCACAUACUAUGCCACUGUUAAAGCUGUAGAUCACGUUCGUCGUGAAGUGAUGGCGUUUUCCAACGCAUUGACGGUCGACACGACGCCACCGGUCGGAGGCAAUAUAGUGAUAUCUGGUGGUCAUACGGGUUAUGUGACCGGCCGAUUGAAGGGACACUGGGAAGGAUUCGAAGACACAGAAUCUGGUAUAGCCAGUUAUCAGUGGUGUAUCGGUUCUGGUCGCGGACACGAUGACGCAAUCACGUGCUCUGACACCGCACAAGACGACUUUCAAAUGAAUAGUUUGAAGACACUUUAUGCUGGUCACGUGUAUUACAUUACUGUUAAGGCAAUCAACAACGCUGGUCUUCAAACUACAAUAACUUCCAACGGUUUUGUGUUUGAUGAUUCUCCUCCCGUAGCUGGAUUUGUGUGGGACAGCGAACUGGGCACUAACGAGGUCGAGGACUGGGAUUAUCAAACGCGGCUGGAUAGGUUGGCGUGUCAGUGGCGACACUUCAGUGAUCCACAUUCAUCUCUACUGCACUAUUCUGUUGCAUUUGGAUCUACUAUAGGGGCACAAGACAUACUUUCGUUUCAUAACGUUGGACUGCUUUCGAAUUACACGACCCAACAUGUUGCUUUGGAGCCUGGUCGUUCUUACUACUGCUCAGUCAUAGCAUGCAAUCAUGCAGAGUUGUGUACAACUGUCACAUCUGAUGGAAUUGUUGCUGACAACAGUCCUCCUGUUGUUGGUAUAAUACAUGAUGGGCUGGGAGAGGAGGACAUACAAUAUCAGAGUCAACGUGAUGCAGUUGGAGCUCGAUGGUUUGCCUUUCACGACGUUCAUUCGUCUAUUGCUCGAUAUGAAUGGUGUGUUGGGACAUCACCAUAUAAAGACGAUCUCCUACAGUGGACCGACACGUUUACAGAACAAACAGCACUACAUACGGGACUCAACAGUUUACCCCUAACGAAAAGAAUCUACACAUCCGUCAAGGCAUACAACAAAGCCGGACUGUGGAGUGUCACGUCAUCUGAUGGAUACUUAAUAGACUUCACUCCCCCAACCGUCCACACCAUACCUUACUUCAACACAACUACUCGUUCCAUCCAGCCCAAUACUCAAUUUACGUCAUCCAUCAUUCAAAUGGGAUGGAAGUUUGUGGACCCCAACAGUCCCAUUGUGCGUCAAACCGUCACCAUAACAACAAGAGACAGCGUUUCACCCGCAGCCGAUCCUCUCGUGCUCGGCAGUGAGACACAAACAAGCGUCUCACAACCGAAUGUCUCUCUCCACGACGGAGAGCAAUAUUAUGUAUCAGUAACGGCCUGCAAUGCUGCAAACCUGUGUUCUAGCAAAACGUCUCUUCAAGCUCUCUUAAUUGAUACCAGUCCGCCUCUGCCCGGAAUCAUUAAGGAUCACAUGAUGUGGAACAUUCGAGGAUCGAUGACCGACAUUGUUGUAAAAUGGAAUGCAUUCGCGGAUGCUCAUUCGGGCAUCGUGCAGUACAUUGUCUCUAUAGGAACGACAUACAGUGGCAAUCAGUACACGCCUUCAUACAUCUAUGCCAAUCAUAGCGGUCAGACAGACUCCGAGCAAGCAAUAACCAUAAGUAUAAGCAGUCAGAUGAUUGCCGGUGUUAGACUCUACGUGUCCCUGUGGGCCGUCAACGGUGUCGGUCUUAGAAGUAAUCAGGUUCAGGUCAGUGUCAUAUCGGGAUCCAGCAGUCCCACGUCCGGUAUACUCACAAUAGAAAAGCAUUCAUGUGAGGUAACCAGUUGUCUGGGACACUGCGCCUGCGCAGCAUCAAGUAACCUGUGUGACAGACGUCUUUAUGGCCAAGUCUGCACGGAGGUACCCGUAUCUGAUGUUCCAGCAGACUCCAGACUGUCUGUCUCUGAUUCUUAUUCUCCUCCUAAAAAUCGCCCAACGAGUACAACGUCUACUAGCUCCUUACAAGGAUCCUGGACUGUUGCGUCUACAAAACCUUCCUGGUCACCUAACCGUUUCGAAGUCACAGCAGGGACAAUGCUGGCACCAGGAGAUGGACUAUACGACGUCAAACGAGACAUGGUGUGGAAAGAAAUGGGUUCAAUGACGAGGACCGUCAUCACAUUGCCAACCGGUAAACGUCUGGUGGCAAAAACCACAUACACCAUUUACGUCAGAGUAUGGUACAACGGAUCGACAUACGCCGUAUUCCGCUCUCCUGGUGUCGUCUUGGAUACUUCACCUCCUACCAUGUUUGCUUCACCGCACUUUUCAGGCAAAAGCCAACUCUCUCCGUCACAUCCGAAUUUCAUAACUCACGACGUAGUUACGCUGGCGUUCUCGUGGCAAGGUUCUUUUGGUGAUCCUCAAUCGGGAAUAGAUCGUUUCGUAUACGGAAUCGGAACCACCCCUGAAGGUGAUGACAUUGUAUCGUUUACGUCAGUUACCUCCGAUGUCUACAUGGCAAGUCGAUCAGGACUGAAACUCGCUGAAGGCGUGCCUUAUUACGCCACCGUUUCGGCGUUUAAUCGCAUUGGCAUGCACACUACAGCUACUACAGACGGUAUCGUAAUAGAUCGAGAGAUUCCGUUAACGGGAGCCGUACUGGACGGUGACCAGCGGCACGAUCUUCAGUACCAGAGCAAUACGAGUGUCCUAGCAGCACAAUGGCACGGAUUCUUCGAUCGCCAUUCGUAUAUUGAAUACUACAACUACACUAUCACUAUCGAACAACCUCAUCCAUCCGAUUGGAACAUCGAUGGGCCAGGAAACGUCGGUCUCAGACUAUUUGUGUUGGUACACGGUCUGUCGUUGCGCAGUGGUGUACGAUACCGUGCAAACGUUUGGGCAGCAGAUGCGGCAGGAUUGCAGUCGAAGGUCGCCGUUUCGGACGGAGUUACGGUUGAUUCGUCGCCUCCUGUCUUUAUAACAUGUCAGCAGUUCGGCGGGAAUUUAUUGAUAGACGAAACGAUGGAAAAUGUGACGUCAAUGGAUGAGAUUGUUAGUGGAUGGAAUGUUGAUGGUAAAAUUAGUAUCAACAUGUCAGGUACGGGACAACGAGUAUUUGUAUCCGGAAGUAUUUCUCGAAACAUAACAUUUAGUAAAGACGUCGUUUAUCAGUUGGACAUUCGAGCUCGUGCAGUGGGACACACACACACGCAGCACAUGGCGGUCACCGCUCCUGGAAUACACAAAGUUGUCACUCUUGCAUCAAUUGACCAACCGGCAAAAAGUUAUACACUUCAAAUUGUCCCGGAUGCCACUCAAGAAAGCGUCAUCACUUUGUCGUCGGUCAGUUCAGUGGCUGACGUAAUAGCCAUCGAGUCGGUUGUAUUGCGCAUGUGCGUGAACUAUACGCACCACGGAGGCCGGUCGGAUACCAAAGCAGUUCCAACGUCUGUUACACUGAAUAGAGACGUGCUGGGUCCAUAUGAUCUCGUCGAAGCGGCAUGGAGAGCAGUCGAUGCAGAAAGCGGUAUCAAAGAGUAUUUGUGGGCAAUUGGAACAGUUAAGGGUGGACAGCAACUGCAGACAUUCCGAUCAGUUGGAUUAGCCGAGCACGCGGUCAAUCGAGAUGUAUCACCUCUUGGUCACGACAUGAAUGUUUUCAUCACAAUUGUUGCCAUCAAUAACGCGGGUCUAUCCAGCACCUUACAUGCAGAGCCUCUCCUCGUUGACUUGACACCACCCGAAAUAUCAGAAAUUGUGAUAGAGAGCAACACGAGCCAGUUUGAUAUAAAUGUAGAGUAUCUGGCGAGUAGAAUAGUCACUGCUUCGUGGAACGGUACCAAAGAUGCAGAGAGUGGUAUCGAUUACUGCCAGUGGGGAAUAGGUCUGUCUCCCAUGUCAACCGAAUUGCAACCUUUCAAGACAGCAAUCGAAUCGACCUUUGGAAAGUCAGAGGAACUUCAACGCUUGGUGGACGGCCAAACAUGUUUUGUGACUGUGCGCUGUUACAAUAAAGUCGGUUUGAGCGCCCUGCGUACAUCAAAUGGGAUACCCUACAUUGGAGAGUCACCAGACACUAGGUCUGCGUUGGUUGCACUAGAUGUUAACGUAGAUUCUCCGUAUGAACACAGAGGGAACUACCAGUCGCACAACAACAGUGUAUCGUUGCACUGGGAAGGAUUCCAAGAUGAGACCGGAGUAUCACAUUAUCAAGUGAAGAUGCAAAGUGGUGGUGUGUCGGAGAUCGACUGGUUUAGUGUUGGUCACCACACAAGAGCUACUCUAUCAGGGAUAGCCCUGGAGAGUGGUCGGCAGUACACACUAGAAGUACGAGCGGUUAACUAUGGCGGAUUGACAAGCCACACCGCUGCACUCAACUUCACAGCUGCUAGUCGAUAUCCGACUACGACAGGUGUUUCUGUGGUGGGAACAUGGACUGCUGGUGGACAACUCUCGUUGGAUUGGGCAAAUGUAUUCAGGUCGGAUGACUCAUUACUAAUCUAUGAGUUGACCGUAGGAUCUCAUGCUGGAACAGCAGAUGUCCUCCAGUGGUUUGAGACAGUUGGCACACAACAUGUGAUCGGUGACAACAGGGUGAGCCGCUUUGUCGACUACCACGUCACAUUGACAGCCAUCAAUGCAGCUGGUCUACACACAACAGUCACCAGCACCAUUCGUGCACAGCCAUGAACAAAUGCUGGAUUGAGUUUCUUGCUUUAAUGAUUUUACGUAGAAUGCGUAUCUAACCCCUUACUUACCCGUAGGUAAAAUGCAUGUAGCUGACAAGACUGAAAGCUGUAGUAGCUGCUAGAGAGACUCGUACUCAUGCCAACGAGUGUUAUUGUUUGCUCAUAUAACAACAAUCUGAUGAUACACCA